UGCUUGCAAUACCGGGAGUGGCCACUAGUGUCCUUCUCAGCUGAACUGUAAGCAGGCCCCCAGGAACGCUGCUCAGCUUUGCUUCCAAUUUUUGCCAGUGGCCACUCGCGGUAUUGCAGCGAAAAAAUUCUCUGCGGCUCGUAAACAAUUUUCCCUAUAGACCACCACUGUAAAGAGACGUGUGUGUACUACUAACGGGACACCACAAACUGGUUCAUUAUGACCCUUUCUAUUGUGAAUUUUUCAUUCAUGGAGGUUUGUAAAAGUUUCCUUGAGCUGAGAAAAGUGAUUUAAAGCUCUGUGACGUCAUCGCAAUGUAAAGUCUAUGAGCUGAGCGGGAACUCGCAGGUGGGGCCAGCAGGAGAAAUGCUAUGGCUCAUAUUCUGUGGGCAGCAUAUCGCGAAAGUAAACCCAGAAGCUAGAAAUUUUUUUUGCUGUAUAAACCAGGGGCCUCAUUUAUCAACCGUGCGUAGAAAAGGUUCUAAAUUCUGUCCUAAGAAUGAAACUUAGAAUGUGUGUAAGUACAAAAAAAUCCGUAAUUAUCAAGCGUGCGGACACUGGUCGUACGCACACUAGUAAGUAAUCAGUGAUGAUAAAUCCCACCUGUUCUUAACUACCAUGCUCGUGCAUGGUUAGGGUCAUUUGCAUUCAGAAAUGCCUCCAAUUGACCAUAUAUGGCAGCAACAAUCCCUUUAAUAAUGCGUGAAUGGAUUUUUUCCCCCUCACCGAAAUCAUGGCAACGAGGGCGAAGAAGAGGAACUUCACCGACACCGAGAUUGAGGUACUUGUGGGAGAAGUUGAAACAAACCAAAAAAUACUAUUUGGAACACUUAAUGCAGGUGUGACCAACAAAAGAAAGAAUGCUGCGUGGGAGAAAGUAACGACUGCUGUGAAUUCCGUUGGGUCAGAGGAAAGAUCACUCUCAGAAGUAAAAAAGAAAUGGUUUGACAUUAAAAUCAGAGCCAAAAAACGCGUCACAGCCCACAGACAUGAAAUAUCUGCAACUGGAGGAGGACAAGCAACAACAACCCAGCUGUCACCCAUGGACACCCAUAUUGCCAGCAUCAUCGGAGAUGCAGCACUAUGUGGCAUUAUUCCUGAUGGAGAUACAGACACUGCAGAAACUCAAGCCAGUCCCGCCUGCCCUCAGGAGCCGGAGGCGGUGGAGGAGCUGGGGGAGUUGGAGGAACAGGAGCAGCCGGGGCCAUCCAAAACCCAUUCGGUGCAUCCUGGGGGGGCGAGGGUGCUGACGGAGGCAGUGCUACAAAAUCAACAAGACACCACCAAUUCCAUAAAUGAAAUAAAGGAUCAACUGACAAACAUCGCAAAUACUUUACUGCAAAUUAACGAGUCACUGAAACAGAUUGCUGCAUGCGCAUUGCAAAUGUUAAAUAAAUAAACUUUAAAAUGUUGAAUGAUGUUGAGAUUA